GGAGCCUAGCAAACUCCACACGUGUUUCAGAGUGAACUUAGCAGCCUGAUCAACCACUAAGGACUCCCCGUCACCGACCCAAGGGGGCCUAGCACACCCCCACCCGAGACGUAAGAUGACUGCCGGCUCGAACACCCUGAACACAUUUGCAGACCAACCAAACGAUCUUUGUAAUUUCUGCCCGACCCAAGUUUUGUUUACAACUGUAAUUGAAGCAAGCUUCCGGCCUGCGCUGUACGAGCAGUAUAACUAUUUAGAAUCUUCAUUGUAGCUGAAUGAUAUACAAUAUUCAUCUGGCAAGCACAACUACAGUCACACUUUGUUUGAAUCAAAAACUGCAAUCUACUGAGUGAAGCUGGACUUGGACUGUGACUCUUUCAAAUGCACUCACCCAGUGCACCCCAACAGAGAAGCAGAGCAAGGUGUGACCCAGACCAAUCUUACAAAAUGCCCAGAGGAGCAGGCCAACCAGAUGGCAUCUUUAGCAGAGGGAAGGGAUAUUCCUAUCUUGAUGUAGAAGAGGCUGUGGGCAUUGGAAUCCUUGUUGUGGUUCUUGCAGUGUUACUGAUCAUUGGCUGCUGGUAUUACUGGAAGCGCAGUGGUUAUAAAAGUCUUUGGAAUAAAAGCUCUGGUGUUAUCACUUUAAGAACCUCUGCAAGUGGACAUGCCCUGCUGGAUUCCAAAGGGCCCUUACAACAGUAUAGCAACUUUAACUCUGUGGUACCUGAUGCUCCACCAGCUUAUGACAAAAUUUCUGCAGAACCGUUGCCACCACCUUAUUCGCUAUGAGGCUGAAUCAGUCAACUAAGGAUACAACCUGAUUCUCUUUACGAUUCAGCCUAAUUCAUGUAUGCACCUAAUAUUCUUUAUGGACAAACUGUAAUAAACUACACAUUUGAAUUA